AGUAAAGUUUCAUAAAUUGUGACACAUUGUUUCAUAAUUUAAUAAGAAAACUUUUCCAACUAAUCAUAAAAUCUCAAAUAUCUCUCUUUUGCCAAUCAUAUGGCUUUAGAUAGAAAUCUUUAGCCUGUAGAACCUAUAUACCAAAUAUAAAUUCAAGCACAAAAAUGUUAAACAUUCCUGAUGAUUUUUUAACAUUAUGAUUUUUAUAAAUUGUUUUUAAUACACAAUGUUACUGGAAAGUCUGAAGCAACAUUGCUGUUUUUAUCAUAAUCUCUUUUCAUUAUAAUGGCCCUAUUGAUUGUUUUUUAAUACAUCAAGGUCAGUAAUAUCAUGAACUGAAUGAUUACAUCUCAUAUCUUAAGUUAGACAUGUUUGCUUUUUGUUUGAACUGUUCCUAUUGUAACUAACUUUUAUCUUAUGUUUGAUGAAGUGCAGAGACUAAGAUUUAUCUGUUUGUUUGUUCUUUUUCCCAUGUAAAAUUCCAUUGAUAGCAACACACAGUAUUAGUUUAUUUGCCGAAAAAAGUAGAACAUUCGAAAUGUUGUUACAGUCACAUCUAGGCAACUCAUAGGUAAAAGAUGUAUCAUUCUUCUUCUUCACUUGCUUAGUUUUCCCCGUUUUUCCAUUAAUAGAAUUUAUUGUGUUGCAAUUGCGGAUAGUCUCUCAAUCAGUGAUCGGCAUUGUUGUAGCCCUAUCUUGUUUCAGUCGGUUCUAAAUCUAAUAAGAUAAGGAAUAAAACGGACGAACACUAACCUUAAUAGCGUGACUUCCAAAAAGGAUUUCAUACUUAACUGCGACUUCAACGUGAAUUUCAACUUUAAUUAAAUGGCAGCCUUUCGACAAUGUAAACUGCCGUGUAUUGACGAAAAUCCCAAGUCACCCAUCGAAAUAACGAGCUGUGAAUUUGAUACCACUGGCCAAAAACUUGCGUGCGCGUUCGGAGAUCAUCGCGUUUUUGUAUUUAGUGCCAACGUGGAAAGUGGUCAUGUGAUAGAGAAAUGGGAAAAAACCAUUUUUCGAGCUAUAUCCUCGUUACUUACAAACAAAGCAAUUAUGCUUCAAGUUGAUUGGAAUGCUGAUGGGACCAAAUUAGUUGCGGGAGAUUUCAAUAAUAUCUUUUUUAUUUUCUCAAGCAUGAAUGGCAACCUUUUGUCUUUCACUGAGGUGUCGGAUAAGUUAACGAAGGUUCAAUGGAAUCGCAAAGGAUCUACUCACAUGUUACUUACCUCAUGUGAUGACGGUACGGUCGUGGUAUGGGACUCGUCAGAGCGCACCCCUUUGCCUAUACAGACAUUUUCACUUCACACAUCCAGCGUGCGCGAUAUUCAGUGGCUAACGAAAGAGACGUUUGCCUCUUGUUCCAUGGACGGUAGCAUCCAUGUCUUUCGUAUCGGCGAAGAUGAGCCAUUGAAUUCAUUAUUCAAUGAGAAUGCCAUAAUAGCCAUUCGUUACAACAUGAAAUAUGAUUCUCUAGCUUUUUUCUCCUACGACACAAACGUUAAGUUAUGGUUGCUGGGGCAAGAUCUCACCCGUGAGUGGGAAGGACAUAGGGCCGGAAUCUACUCAAUCUGCUGGAAUGAAGGCGGAGACUCAAGUUUGUUAGCAAGUGGGGCAGACGAUCGAACCAUCCGGAUAUGGAACAUAAAUAGCAGUUUAUGCCACAGCCAGGAAGUGCUGCGCGAUCAUCUCUGCCUUGUCUCGGCCGUUUCUUUUUCGCCAGACGGGCAGUACCUUGCCUCAGCCGACACUUACGGGGUAGUCAUUGUUUGGUCAACAAAGGAUUGGUCUCCACUGAUGAAAUGUCAAUGUGCUGGCAAAGUUCUAGAAAUCAACAGCCUCAAAUGGAACCCACAGUCAACCAAAUUAGUUGUUGCCAACUACAGUGCUUUGGUAAUGUAUUAUAAUUUCAGUCAAUUGCUUCGAGUCAUUAAUGAAAUAUUGAACAGAUAACCAUUAUUGAAUGGACGAGCCGAGACGAUUUUGCAAGCUUAAAUUUAAAGUGAUUCGUACCACAGGUAGCCAAUUGAAGAAAACUGUAUGCGAAACGGCGAAAUUAGGGUUAUAAUAUGGGCAUAGCACCUGGUUUUAUUAAAUAAAUUACAUUGCAAUUGA